GAUAGUUGGUGCCGUUGGUGUUUCUAUUUGCCACGCGUCAAUCAUACAUAUAAAAAAAAUAAAAGAAAAUAAACAUUUACAAAAUAAUUAUUUAAAAAAUAAAAUACUCGUAAAAAUGUCGGUCGUUGCGGUGAUAAAGAAAUUUUAUAACGAGUACAAUAAAAGUACAUCGAAGAAACUCAAAAUAAUAGAUUGUUACUUGCUAUACAUUUUACUGACCGGUGUCAUACAAUUUGUAUAUUGUUGCUUGGUUGGCACAUUUCCAUUUAAUAGUUUUUUAAGUGGAUUCAUUUCAUGUGUAUCUUGUUUUAUUUUAGCAGUUUGCUUGAGACUACAAGUCAAUCCACAAAACAAAACUCAAUUCUAUGGAAUAAGUCCAGAACGUGGAUUUGCUGACUUCAUAUUUGCACAUAUUAUUCUUCAUCUUGUUGUUAUGAACUUCAUUGGAUAAUUUAAUAUAAUAAGUAUAAGAAAAUAACUAAAUAUAACAACAGACUUGAUUUAAUAAAAGUCCACUAAUAACUUAAAGAAAAACUUGUUUACACUAUUUGUAAUAAUGAAAUAAAUUUAUAAAAAUUAAUAAUUUAUUUUUUUAUAUUAUUCAUUAUUAUUUUUCAUUGUUUUAACAGAAUACAUUGCAGAAUUCUCAAUAAAUUAUUUUUUAAUAAUAUUACGAGCAACUUACAGUCACUACGCGACUGUCCGAGUUUUAUUGCCAAAUUUAUUAAAUAUCAUUUUGAAUUUAACUGUUUAUUAAAAUCUCUACUCUAAAAUUUACUCUAGAAUCUUUUGUUUAUUUAUAUUACAGGGUGACCAUAAACCAGGAAAUAUCAUAGAAAUGUCGGAAUUUUGAAAAGUAUUCGGGAAUUAAAAUGGCGACAGUUCAAAAUAAAAAAAUUUUUCAAUCAUACACUAGUUAUAAAAAUUAAGGGAUAUUAAAAAAAUUUCAAAUCUUCAAGUGAUUUUCAACAGGUUGUAACUCGAAGGAAAAUAAUCAUACGACAAAAGCAAAAAAGGCAAAUUGUAACUUAAGGUGUCUAGUUUUCUGAUCUGGGUUAAAAUUUUUUUUAUCAUGUGCGGUUCCGGAGUAUCCUAAGAAAACUAUCGAUAAAGAAAUUUAUCAAAAUUUUUGCUGGUCUUAGAAACGGUCUUCGAGCUUGAAUAAAAUUUUUUCGAUAAUUCUGAUUGAAUUUUGAUUGCUCCGGGAACCGUGUAUAUAAAAAAAAUUUAGACCAGAUCAGAAACUAGACACUUGAAGCUACAGUUUGCCUUUUUGUUUUUGUUGUGCGACCAUUUUCCUUCGAGUUAUAAACUGUUGAAAAUCACUAAAAAAUUUGAGAUUUUUUUAGUAUUCCUUACUUUUUGUAACCAGUAUACUUGGAAUUUAUUUGAAUCAUAAAAGUUCUUAUUAAAUAUUUUAACUUACACAUUUAUAACAUCAAAUAGUCCAAGGCAAUAUUAAUUUUGUUAUUGCCAUUUUUUAAGGUUUCUUGCAUGAUUUAAUUAUUGAAAAAAUGGAAAUAUAAUAAAAACUUUGAAUAUCUAAAUGAAGCCAAUAAAAUUUCUAAAUCAGGGAAAAAUUUUACUGGAAAACCGGGAAAUAUUAGGGAAUUUCAACAUCAUUUCUUUGUGGCCACUCUGUAUUAUCAUUGAAAUUUAAUAAGACAAAUCUCAUCGUGAACUCGCAAACUUAUCGGUUUUGAUGAUCUUAUAAUCAUGGGAUUCUUAAGAAAAAAUCUACACACGGUCAAUUUUUUUUUUUUAUUAGUCAUCUAAUAUUCUUUUUUUUUUCACUGAUACCAAAUUAAGUUUGUUUAAUUUUUAUCAUUAAAGAAGAGAUGGCAUGGAUUAAAUUUUUCUUAUGCUUCUUAAUUAUUUAUAUAAUAGUUAUAUAUAUAUUCAGUCAUAUUCGGUGACAGAGUAAUUAAAAUAUCAAUUUUUUUAAAGGAAAUGAAAACGAUUGUCUUUUUUUUCAGCGUAAUUUAAAUAUAACUCGAAUGACAUAGAUAAAUUGAUUUUUCUCGAUACUUGGCAAUAAAGAAGAGUUGAAACCAUGAACAGGCACAAAGACAAAUCAAGACUUUUCUAAUGAUACCAAAUUUAAUAAAAUUAUCUAAUUCUAUCAUAUAGAUGUGGCUGAACCAAAAUUUUCUUCAUUCUCUUAAUAAUAUAAAUUAUGAUUUAUGAUAAUUAUAUUUGAAAAAAAUGUCUAACGUACUUUUUAAAUUAAACUAUUGUCUACUAAAAUUUAAUUGUAAUGAAUAAAAGUGUUUUAUUAUUUGUCAA